CAUACUUUUAGGAAGUUCAGAAUUACAGUAUUCUUCCUCCCUAUUAAAAUACAGCAUCCUGCCGUUCGAGAUCCGAGGCAGGUUUCAAAUAAAGUGGUUAAGGAAACAAUAAGAGUUGCAUAAUCUCAAAAUGCCGCUUUCAGCGGAACCGAGCUGGUUAAACUGUGAAGUCAGCACAGGAACCACUAUCAUGGCUGUGGAGUUUGAGGGAGGCGUGGUGAUCGGGUCCGACUCGCGUGUGUCCGCAGGUCAGUCGGUGGUGAACCGCGUGAUGAACAAGCUGUCUCGCCUCCAUGACAAUGUGUACUGUGCACUCUCGGGCUCUGCGGCCGACGCACAGGCUGUAGCCGACAUCGUGGACUACCAGCUCAACCUGCACAGCAUCGCGAUGGGCAGGCUGCCUCUGGUCCGCUCUGCUGCUAACAUGGUGAAGGACAUCAGCUACAAGUACAAGGAGGAUAUGGUUGCUCACCUGAUCGUAGCAGGGUGGGACAAAAGGAGCGGGGGACAGGUGUUCGGCACUCUGGGGGGGCUGCUGAUCAGGCAGCCCUUUGCAGUGGGGGGCUCUGGCAGCACCUAUAUCUACGGCUAUGUGGAUGCUGCCUACAGACCAGGCAUGAGUAAAGAGGACUGCCUCCAGUUUACAACCAAUGCUCUGUCCCUGGCGAUGGGGAGAGACGGCUCCAGCGGGGGUGUGGUGUAUCUCGUCAGUAUCACAGAGAAGGGGACGGAAGAGAAAGUCGUCCUGGGAAACAACCUGCCCCAGUUCUUCGACGAGUAAUCCAGACGGGCUUGCUGCUCAAACACUGCACUAAACAACACAAAACAAUUAAAUAAAGAAAAAAACAAAGAAACAAA